CGACGCGCGCUUCAGCGGCCGCAGUGGUCGAAAAACGUGGUCAGGAGGACAGUGGAGGACAGCAGACGUGCCGUGCGUUACUACUUCGAAGCCUUGGCAGCGUAGAGCCACGGCUCGGCACUUUCCCGGCAUUUCCCUUCAGCCCUGGCCUAAUCUGCCGCGGCGCGGAGGGAUCCCCCGAGAGCAGCAGACGGGAACAGGAGCCGGCGCGCGACGCUUUCGACGCGUUGGCAGCGUUUGGUAAACCGCUACGCCUAUUUUCCCGACGCGCCGUGAUCGGACGUGGUGCACUAUUUCUCGACGCUGUGAGUGGCGCGCACUGCACAUAGAAAAAUGAAGCGCUCGCCGCGGCGCGAGCGCGGCUCCAACAUCGAGCCCAUCGAGCUGCUGCUAGACCGGCCGCGCCCGGCGCCGGUGGAGCGGCGCUGCUGCUGCACGCCGCGGAGCCUCGCGAACGCCGUCCGCUGCUUCCACUGUUUGGCGAGGCGCGGCAUGCAGCAGUUCCGGCGAACGCGCUCGGCGCCGCCGACGCCGCGGGAUGAAGAGGGUGGAGUCAUUUCCCCGCUAAUCCUCGCGAGCCCGCCGCGGCGCAAGCGGCGGAGCCCCUCCGAGGCGCGGACUGUGUCGACGUGCGCCACGCCGGCGAACACGCCGUACGGCGCCCCGGCGCCCGCGGGCGCCUUUCCGUCGCCGCCGCGGCCGACGGGUGCCAAGAUCUCGCCAUCCGUGCAACCGGGCUCUGUCGCUGCGCGACUCAAGGCGAUGCAGUCUGCGAAGCCGGCGCCGCCACCCCCGCGCCCGCCAAGCGCCGCCGCAGAACGUUUGCGAGCGCGUCGAGCGGCGCCGGCGUGCGGGCGGUGCGGUCUGGACGUGCAUGUCGCAGAUAGGGUCGUCCACCGAGACACCGCCUACCACGCCCAGUGCCUCCGCUGCGGCGCCUGCCGCCGGUCCGUUGUGGAUCUCGCCUGGGGAACUCUCGACGGCGACGACGUCCUCCUCUGCGACGAUCGUGCCAGAUCGUGCCUCGUAAAAGCCAGGACAGCGAGCCUCGCGCACGCGAAGGCCGACAAGGACGAAAGACCGAGCGCCACGGACGUCGCGGGCAUGCGCGAGGCGCGAUUGCGAGCCGUGGAGCUCGUGGGCGACGAGCUCGAGCAGCUCGCGCUGACGGGCAUUGCGCCGACGUGCGCGCUGUGCGGCGGCCGCUUCGCGCCUUCCGAUCGGAUUGUCAUGCAGGGCAUGGUCAAGAUGCACGAGGCCUGCAUGACCGGCUCGAAACCGGCGCAAUGUAACGGCCCGCGGCUGCCGCCCGCGCGGGCGCUCAAGGACGCGCUGGCCACGCUGGUGAUCAAGGUCUCGCUCGGCAAGGGCGUCGCGACGUUCUACGUCGCGCGCGUCGAGCAGGAUGACGAGACCUGCGUCGCCUACAGGCCGGAUCCCGCCGCGCGGGCGCCGCCGAAGCGCCGCGUCGACAUCGAUGCCCUCGCCGGCGCGACGGUGCGGGCCCUGUCGCUGCAGGGGGCGGAGGUCGCCCCUGCUACGACGCUGGACGGAGAGAUUGCGCCGUUCCGCUGGACGGCCCAGGGCCUCGACUGGCACUUCGACGUGCGCUUCGCCAUCGAUUCGACCAAAAGCGUCGUCGCGGUGGACGGCGCCACACUCACCGUCACAAUCAAUUGAACGACCCCCCACGACCAACCCCCUUAUCUAUGACCACGAUGUGAACUAACAAACAAUUCUGCUG